UUCUAGGCCACCGUUCACCUAUCAGAGGCCUGGGAGGAGAUGCUUCCGGUACUCGCUCUGGGCUUCGGAGCCGCGGUGGACGAGGAGGGACGUCCCUCGGGAGACUAAGUUUCUGCGGGGCCGUAAGACCGAAGGUGAACAGCACCAUGUGUGGCACACACUGGGAUGCUUAUUUCCUAGGUUUCCUUCUGAUUUGGCCAGCAAAUUCAGGAAGAGUAACUUCUCAGCAAUGCUAGCUCCUGGAUUAUGCUUAUGGUCAUCCUGCUAUACCCUUUCAAUGCUGAACAGCCACUUCAUUUAGCUGGGACUGUACAGAUAACUUUUAUCAGAAAGGAUGGAGUUGGGAAAAGGAAAACUUCUCAGGACUGGGCUGAAUGCACUGUAUCAAGCAAUACACCCAAUUCAUGGCCUUGUCUGGACUGAUGGGAAUCAGGUAGCCCUGACUGACUUACGACUUCACUGUGGAAAGGCCAAGUUUGGGGACUCAAAGAUCAUUGGACAAUUUGAACAUGUGUGUGGUGUGUCCUGGUCCCCAUCUUGUACAGCUGACAUGCCUGCUUUGCUUGCUGUCCAGCACAAGAAACAUGUCAUUGUGUGGCAGCUAUGCCCCAGCACAACAGAGACAAGCAAAUGGCUGAUGUCUCAGACUUGUGAGAUUAGAGAAUCACUCCCUGUCCUUCCUCAGGGCUGUGUGUGGCACCCAAAAAGUGCCAUCCUCACUGUGUUGACUGCACAGGAUGUCUCCGUUUUCCAUAAUGUUCACUGUGACAGUUCCUGGGUAAAAGCAAACAUCAACACCCAGGGCCUCAUUCACUGUGCAUGUUGGACCCAGGAUGGCCAGAGGCUGGUAGUGGCAGUAGGCAGCAGUCUACAUUCUUAUAUUUGGGAUGGUGCUCGGAAGACUCUUCACAGGUGCUCUUUGUACCCAGUGUUUUAUGUGGACAGCUCUGUGCGCUCCAUUGGAGCCACUGCAGACUCAGAGAUCGCUAUAGCCACUGAGCUUCCAUUAGAUAAAAUUUGUAGCUUAAAUGCAUCUGAAACCUUUGAGUUUCUGCCUAGUGGUGAAGAGGCUUAUCUGUAUACUUUACCAGGUAGUGAUGAAAUGCCCUCUGUGGAUGAGGAGGCAGUCACUUUUGAAACAUCAGUUUCUCCCUCUUCUUAUUCUUUUUCAGAUCUUCUGGAUCUAACUCAUAAACAAUUCAAUAGAUCUAAGUCUGAGGGUAGUUCUCUUAUUUAUCUAAGAGAAAAAAACUACUUAAUGGGAACUGGCCUGGAUUCUUCACAUUUGGUCUUUGUGACCUUUGACAAAGAGGUUACCCAUACUAGAAAAGUCACAAUUCCAGGUAUUCUGGUUCCUGACCUAAUAGCAUUUAGUCCUAAAGCACAGAUAGUGGCAGUGGCUUCCAAUACCUAUAAUACAAUUUUCAUCUAUUCUCUCGUUCCAUUAUUUAUGCCAAACAUCCCACAUAUUCAACUAGAGAGUAGUGAAAAACCAAAAGGCAUGUGUUUCUUGACAGAUAAAUUAUUAUUAAUUAUGGUAGGAAAACAAAAUUCCUCUGAUUUAGCAUUUCUUCCUUCUUCAAAAACUGAUGAGUACAUCAUUCGUUUGAUUGUUAGAGAAGUAAUGUUGGAAGAAGAAUUUCCGGUAACAUUGGGUGAAACCCAGAGUGGCUACUCUACUUUCAGUACUCUCUUAAAUGAAGCAGAUAGAAAAGAGCUGAUUGAAAGUCUUUCCCCAGAUAUUUAUCACCAAAACAGAGGGCUCUUGUUAACAGGUAGUAGCAGUAGUCCAAGUGGAAGGCCUGGAAAAACCCUUAUUAAAGAAAUCAUCAGUCAUCCAUCCAGUAUUUGUGAUGGCUCCAUAAACUUGGAAACUCCAGAUGCUGAGCCUGUUAACCACUCAGUAACACUGCCUAGACCCAGCAGCAUGGCGGAGCACACCAAUACCCCAGAACCUCCUGAUUUGCCUCAAAGAAACAACUUAGAAAAAGAAAAGGAAAUGUGCCAGCUAUCAGAGGAACUGGAAAUUUUAUCAAGGAACCUCACUGAAGUGCAGCAGCGCCUUUCUGAACUCACAGACUUUCUACAUAAAGGAAAGAAGUCCUCUCCGGUGUAUCCGCUCUGUCAGGAUCUGCCUUAUGUUCACAUCACUCACCAGAAAUCUUACUAUGUAGGUCCUGUUAAGAAAAGAACCGUGCUUCUCUGCAAUGGCAAACUAAGGCUCAGUACAAUUCAGCAGGCUUUUGGACUCUCUGUUAUUGAAAUGCUACAUGACUCCCACUGGAUCCUUCUCUGUGCUGAUAGUGAAGGCUUCAUCCCAUUAAUUUUCUCAGCCACACAGGAAAUAAUCAUAAGAGAUGGCAGGUCAGAUGUCUUCAAAGACUUUGUCUCAGAGUCUUGAUCAUGAUCUUUCUCUUAAAUUAUUAGAGACCUUACUGCCCAAAGCAUAAAUACCAGCAGCUGUUCUAACCA